CGUAUGAUUUGUAAAUUGAAGUUACGCAAUGUAAAUAUGUUGACAAUAUAGCAAAAUUUAUAAUGAAAAUCUAUUAAAAAGCCAAAUAAAUAUAAAUAUAAAUUAUUGAACUACUUAGUGGUAGAAUGUGAGAAUGUCUUAUUCUGAAUUAGAAAUAGGAUAUCAACAAAUGGCAAGACCAAGCGUCGGAUUUUGCCUAGGACAUGAUGGAAAUAGUGAUAUUGACAUUUGUUGUGAAAACACUGAUGGAAUGGACUCCGAUUGCAGUGUUUCAUCUAAUUCUGGAAAACAAGUUAUAGUUGGAGUAUGUGCCAUGGCUAAAAAAACGCAAUCUAAACCAAUGAAAGAAAUUUUGACUAGGCUCCAAGAAUUCGAAUACAUAAAAAUAUUGGUUUUUCAAGAAGAAGUUAUAUUGAUGGAACCGGUUGACAAUUGGCCAAUAUGUGAUUGUUUAAUAUCUUUUCAUUCAAAAGGAUUUCCUUUGGACAAAGCUAUACAGUAUGCACAAUUACGAAAACCGUAUGUUAUUAAUAAUUUACUUAUGCAGUACGAUAUAAUGGAUCGAAGAAAAGUUUAUUCGAUACUAGAAAAUGAAGGAAUUGAGAUUCCUCGGUAUGCAGUCUUAGACAGAGAUUCUCCAGAUCCUAAACAACACGAAUUAAUUGAAUCUGAGGAUCACGUUGAAGUCAAUGGUAUUAUUUUCAACAAACCAUUUGUAGAAAAACCUGUAUCGGCGGAAGACCAUAAUAUUUAUAUAUAUUACCCUACGUCAGCAGGGGGUGGAAGUCAACGCUUAUUUCGCAAAAUUGGAUCUAGAUCAAGUGUGUAUUCUCCUGAAUCGAGAGUACGGAAAACAGGUUCUUUCAUAUAUGAAGAUUUUAUGCCUACAGACGGUACUGAUGUGAAAGUUUACACUGUUGGCCCAGAUUAUGCUCAUGCCGAGGCGCGGAAAAGUCCUGCUCUAGAUGGCAAGGUAGAAAGGGACAGUGAAGGAAAAGAAAUUCGAUAUCCGGUAAUUUUAAACAACACCGAAAAGUUAAUAUCUCGCAAAGUGUGUUUAGCUUUUAAACAAAGUGUGUGUGGAUUUGACUUAUUAAGGGCGAACGGAAAAUCAUUUGUUUGCGAUGUAAAUGGAUUUAGUUUUGUAAAGAAUUCGAACAAAUAUUAUGAUGACUGUGCAAAAAUUCUUGGAAACAUGAUUCUCAGAGAAUUAACACCCACACUACAUAUACCUUGGUCAGUACCUUUCCAACUGGAUGACCCUCCAAUUGUUCCAACCACCUUUGGAAAAAUGAUGGAAUUAAGAUGCGUAGUAGCUGUUAUACGUCACGGCGAUCGAACCCCAAAACAAAAAAUGAAAGUUGAAGUUAGGCAUCCUAAAUUUUUUGAAAUAUUUGAAAAAUACGACGGUUACAAAUAUGGACACGUGAAAUUAAAAAGACCAAAGCAGUUGCAAGAAAUUUUAGACAUAGCAAGAUCCUUAUUAGCUGAAAUUCAAGCGGGUAAAUCAGUCGAUUCAGAAAUUGAAGAAAAACAGGGCAAGCUUGAACAACUAAAAAGCGUUUUAGAAAUGUACGGUCAUUUUUCUGGGAUCAACAGAAAAGUUCAAAUGAAGUAUCAACCUAAAGGAAGACCAAGAGGGUCGAGCUCUGAUGACGAUUUUAAUAAAAUAGAUGCUCCGAAAGAACCCUCGCUGGUUUUAAUUCUUAAAUGGGGGGGAGAAUUAACUCCUGCUGGUAGAAUUCAAGCAGAAGAACUCGGACGUAUAUUUAGAUGCAUGUAUCCAGGCGGUCAAGGUAGAAAUGAUUAUUCAGGAGCUCAAGGACUUGGUCUUUUACGCUUACAUUCAACUUUCCGUCACGAUUUGAAAAUUUACGCUUCAGACGAAGGUCGAGUUCAAAUGACUGCUGCUGCAUUCGCUAAAGGGUUAUUAGCUUUAGAGGGGGAGCUAACCCCUAUAUUAGUACAAAUGGUCAAAAGCGCAAAUACAAAUGGACUUCUAGACAAUGACUGUGAUUCUAGUAAAUAUCAAGACAUGGCUAAAAAUCGUCUACAUGAGCUUAUGCAAGUAGAUCGUGAUUUUACCCAAGAAGACAUAAAUGCAAUAAAUCCAGGAAGCAGUAUUAGUAUAAAUCAAGCAAUAAACUUUGUAAAAAAUCCUGUCAAAUGUUGUGUUCAUGUUAUCACGCUGAUAAAAGCGCUGUUGGAUGUUAUAACGGUAAAGAAAGAGGAUCCAAAAACUAAAGACGCAAUAUUAUAUCAUGGAGAGACAUGGGAUUUGAUGGCGCGUCGUUGGGAAAAAAUUGAAAAAGAUUUUUCAACCAAAAGCAAAACUUUUGACAUAUCGAAAAUUCCAGACAUUUAUGAUUGUAUUAAAUAUGAUCUUCAACAUAAUCAACACACUUUACAAUAUGAACAAGCGGAAGAACUGUAUAUGUACGCAAAGUAUCUGGCUGACAUUGUUAUACCCCAAGAAUACGGACUUACCAUUCAUGAAAAAUUAACUAUUGGUCAAGGCAUAUGCACUCCAUUAUUAAAGAAGAUAAAAUCUGAUUUGCAACGAAAUAUUGAAGAAUCUGGUGAUGAAAGUGUAAAUCGCUUAAAUCCACGAUACAGUCACGGAGUGUCAAGUCCUGGAAGACAUGUGAGAACUCGACUUUAUUUCACAAGUGAGAGCCAUGUACAUUCUCUGUUAACUGUUUUACGUCACGGAGGCCUGUUAAAUGUUGAAAUUGACGAACAAUGGCGAAGAGCAAUGGACUAUAUUUCAAUGGUAUCCGAAUUGAAUUAUAUGUCCCAAAUUGUAAUAAUGUUAUAUGAAGAUCCGACGAAAGAUCCAUCUUCGGAGGAAAGAUUCCAUGUAGAAUUACAUUUUAGUCCGGGUGUUAAUUGUUGCGUUCAAAAGAAUUUACCACCCGGGCCCGGUUUCCGUCCUCACAGUCGAAAUGAUGCCCAACCGAAGGGAAUGGUUUCGGAAGGUAAGAAUCCAACCAGAAUCGACGAAGAAAGUGAUAUUUCUUUAGAUGAAAAUUCAAUACAAAAUUCUGAGGAGCCUUUGUUUUUGGAAGAAAAAAAUCGGGAAAGGGAAAUUUCACCAGCUAUUUUAGAAUACAUGUCAACUUCCAAACCUAUUCCUAUUGGAACACAUCAUACAGUGUGCGGCCAUGAAGCCAGGGACUUAGCAAAAAGAUUAAGUGAGGAAUUAGCUCAAUCUAAACAAUCAGGGUCACUGGAAUCCAAUAGAAAUUUAAGCCCAGAAAGUGAGCCAAGGUCUCGUUCAUUCGACAACAGACACCAAAAAAUUAAAGGAAGGGAAAUACCAUUACUGAAAAUAUCCCCUAAAAAUAAUUUAAAUAAAUCAUUUAUUACAUUUUCAUCCACCAAUGAAUUACCUUUGUCUGAUAUAAAGUUUGCACUUGAUUCGCUAACACCAGAACCAAUAAAUUUAAAAUAUUGGAAACAUUUUCAUUCUGAUGAAAUAUUAAAUUUUUCAGUUCAAACUAAUAAUCAAAUUUCUACUCUAGCAACGAAUGAAAUACCAUUAUCUUGUCUAUAUUCAUCUUCCGAUUCAAACUUUAAUUUAUGUGAUGAAAAUAUAAUUUUGCUAAACACUUCUGACAAUAAUAGCAAUAAUAUUAAUAAUUUCGACAAUUUGUACUUUUCUUUUGAUAAUAUAAAUUUUGGAUCCAUAGCAGCUAAUACAACAAAAGAUAUUGAUGCAGAUUUAAAUGUUAAUCCUGAAAACGAUCCUUUUAUUCAGCUUUCAGAAGAAAAAAAGAAAAGUAAUAAAGCAAAAAUAAUUCUUUCUAAUUAUAAUCAUAACAACAAAACAUUACAAAAGUUCAAAAUAAUUGAUCCUUCAAAAGUUGAGGAUGAUUCGAAUAAAAAUCUUACUUAUAUUAAUACUCAAUAUGAUGACUUUAAUCUUGAAUGCAAUAAUAAUAAAACAUUUACAAAUAAUAAACAAAUUGAAAAUAACAUUGAAAUUGAAAAUAAAAAAUUAGCUUUUAAUAACAAUCAUUUUAACUCUUUCCCAACCACCAUUUUGAAUAUUAAUCACCCUAACAUACUUUGUCCUAAUCCUAAAAAUGAAUUAACAAACCACAAUUCAGAAAACCCAACUUCAAUAUCCAAUACGGCGUCCGCAAGCUCACGACGUCAGAGACACAGUAUUGCCGGUCAGAUGAGUUAUAUAAAAAUGUUAGGCUUCAGUGGAUUCAGUAAAAAAGUGGCAACUAGCACUAGCAGUUUAUUUAGUACAGCGGUCAUAUCAGGAAGCUCAUCUGCCCCGAAUUUAAGGGAAAUGGCACCAAAUUCAGCAUCAAAUACAGUUCUAGAAGGUUUCGGUGGAGUAUCUAUUAGACCUUUGGAAACGCUGCACAAUGCUCUAUCAUUGAAACAGUUGGAUACAUUUCUAUUCAAGAUGACAUCAGCAAAGACACCCGUAUCCUCACCACCAAAGAAUUCUUCAGAAACAUUGACAAUGAAGUCUACAAGUAUCGAUGAAAAAAAAUUUUGUCAUACAGAACUUUUUGAUAACUAGCAAAUCAAUUAAUCUAGUCUUUGUUAUGUAAUAGUAAAAAUUGAAAAUUAUUAAAGCGUUUCAUUUUAAUUUUUA